ACGCAGACGCAGAAGUUGGCAUCCAACACUCUUCCAUGCUGUUACAGUCUCUGUUGCUCACGACCCGAUCCAACUUCAGAUUUUCCCGAGAAACUCACAUUUUCUGGUUUAGAAACUCGACGAAUUCAUACAUGGCGCCUCCAAUCCUUUCCCUCGCUCUUCCCUCAGAUACCGGUCGAGUUCUCAGCAUUCAAUCUCACACCGUCCAGGGUUAUGUUGGUAACAAAUCGGCUGUCUUCCCUCUGCAACUACUGGGCUAUGAUGUGGAUCCAAUUAAUUCUGUGCAGUUUUCGAAUCAUACAGGAUACCCUACAUUUAAGGGUCAGGUUUUGAAUGGACAACAACUCUGGGAUCUAAUUGAAGGACUUGAAGGAAAUGAGCUAUUGUACUAUACUCACUUGUUAACAGGUUAUAUUGGUUCAGAGUCUUUUCUAAACACUGUAUUGGAAGUUGUCAGCAAGCUUCGGUCAAACAACCCAGAUCUUACAUAUGUAUGUGAUCCAGUGAUGGGUGAUGAAGGAAAGCUGUAUGUUCCUCAAGAGCUAGUAUCAGUCUAUCGUGAGAAGGUUGUUCCUGUAGCUUCAAUGUUGACUCCUAACCAGUUUGAAGCAGAACUACUGACAGGAUUCAGGAUUCAGUCUGAGGGAGAUGGUCGGGAGGCCUGUAGAUUUCUUCAUGCAGCUGGGCCUUCAAAGGUCAUAAUUACAAGUAUAAAUAUAGAUGGGAAUCUUCUUCUCAUUGGCAGUCAUCAAAAGGAAAAGGGACAGCCUCCCAAACAAUUUAAGAUUGCGAUUCCAAAAAUACCGGCUUAUUUUACGGGAACAGGAGAUCUGAUGACUGCGCUUCUUCUUGGUUUGAGCAAUAAAUACCAAGACAACCUUGAGAUUGCUGCAGAACUUGCAGUGUCAAGCUUGCAGGCAGUUUUGCACAGGACCCUCAGUGACUACAAAAGUGCUGGACAUGAUUCCCAGUCAACCAGUUUAGAGAUCAGAUUAAUCCAAAGUCAGGAUGAUAUUCGCAACCCACAAGUCAAACUUAAAUCUGAAAUGUACAGCUGAAUCAGUGAUAUGAUUUGAACAUGUCGUAUGGUGAAUAGUACAACAUGUAUGCUCAAUUGCUCAUUAUAUGGCAAGGGAACUUCAUACAUAAUGAAAUGGUACUUAGAGAUGAAUAUAGAAAUUGGAAAUCGAGAAAAAACAAAAAUCUGAACUUUACCUUCAAUUUUUUGUAGUACUUUCCUUACUUUAUUCAUGCAUCCUUGACAGUUCAUGUGUACUUUAAGAACAAACGUCUGUGCAAGCCAAGUAUGAACGUGUAUAUCUCAAAUUAAAUGUAAAUAAAUCUAGUGGAAGUAAAAUGAAGUAAACAAAAAGAUUACAAGGACAAGUAGCAGAAACCUCAAUCUUUAAUAGCUCAGAAUCACUUGUUGACAUUUUUGUCAGUGCUUGUGGCUUGAUAUCAGAAAAGAAUGUUUCGCC